GGGAGAAUUGUGACCGAGUUGUGACAGGACCGAGUUUUAGACCCGUAGAGCAAGGAGGACGCGUACCUCACCAAGAAUUGGGAUGGAGGACCUGAUUGAGGACGAGGCGACGUUUUACUCGAAGGCGGAGCUGUACUGGAAGGAGGUGAACCCAACGGUAGACGGGAUGCUGGGUGGAUACGGCAGCAUCUCCAGCAUCGACAUCAACGGCUCCAAGAAAUUCCUGUACAAAUUCCUAGGGGAGGGUCCGGGGAAGACGGGCACCGGCUGCGCCCUAGACUGCGGCGCUGGCAUCGGUCGCAUCACCAAACGCCUGCUGCUGCCGCUCUUCCGCACGGUGGACCUGGUGGACGUGACGCAGGAGUUCCUGGACAAGGCCAAGACCUACCUGGGCGAGGAGGCCAAGAGAGUGGGUAACUACUUCUGCUGUGGCUUACAGGACUUCCACCCUCAGGCAGGACGCUACGACGUCAUCUGGAUCCAGUGGGUCAUCGGACACCUGACGGACGAUCACCUGGUGGAGUUCCUGCGGCGUUGUCGUAGCAGCCUGCGGCCAGACGGUCUGAUUGUGAUAAAGGAUAACGUGUCGUAUGAGGGCGUGGUUCCAGACCAUGUAGACAGCAGCAUGUGCAGAGACCUCCCACUGUUGCGCCAAAUAGUGGCCAGAGCUGGACUUACAAUCCUCUGUGAGGAGCAGCAGCAAAACUUCCCAGAGGAGAUCUACCAGGUCCACACCCUGGCUCUCAGAUAGACCCACAGAGACCGAGGGACACGUGUGUGUGUGUGUGUGUGUGUCUUUGUACUGUUUUAAAUGAGAGAGAAUUUGUUAGAAAGUGAGCCUGUAUGUUGUAUUGGUUUACUCAGAUUACUACUUCUCCGAUUCUCUUUGUCACUCCUGCGUGUAAGGAUCCAUAUGACGGGUUCUGAACGGGAUCCAUAUGACGGAACGGGACAGGAGGAUUUCGCAGUGUCCGGAGCUGAUUGAGAAGUUUUAAAAUCUCUUAUUUCUGACUGUGUGGUCGUAAAGACCCAGGGAUCAGAGAGAUUGUGUGGAAUCCCAACAUUCUGUCCAUUUACAUGUACAGUUCACAUUUAAACACCUUUAGCUUCUUACACAAGUCCACACACAGGACUGCACCUCACACCAGCUCACGCCAGUCGCACGACAUGCACAAAUCUGCCUUUUUUUAUCACACUGUUUUCCAUGGCAACUGGUUGUAUUGCAUGUACAUGUGUGUGCGUAUGUGCGGGGGAUUUGGCUGUCCUGGUGCUGUUGAGUACAUUAUUGAAAGUGUGUGUUGCUGUGUGCAGACAGCAUGUGUUCAGUAGGGGUUACUGUCUAAAUCUGAGAAAUACAGCACUUU